AUGAGAAGAGAUCGGUCAAGAGAUCGAGUCAAUGAUGGAAAUCAAGAUUAUCGAAGAAAUUGGAUAUUAGUUGAUUCGACUGUUUCAUCCAGACAUAAUCCGUAUGAAAGAGACAGACAAGUCUACGCGACUCCAUCACUCGGCGAUCCAUCCACAUCUAGAGCGUCUAUCUUGAGCAGUCGACAAAGGGACAGAGAUCCCGAGUCCCGAAUUCAUUCAAUCAAUCGAUUGAACGACCGAAUCCAGAGACGUCUUGCAGCUCAAUAUAACAAUCCUAUUUAUGCGAAUUCGCCGACAAUCUUAGAAGAGUCAGAAAGACCUCGAGAUUCUCGAGAGGUUGAGGUUGACGUUGGCCCAUCAACAAUCCAUCCAUCCUCACACUACACUCACAAUCAACAACGGCUUGUCGAACAGAGAAGAGAUAGCUCAGCCGAGGCUCGUCUUGAUCGUCUCAUUCAACAUCGAAAUUCUCAAGGAGAAAUCGACGCCGUGUAUGAGAAACGCCCAAUAGAAGGGACGCGCUUCGGCCGUCCAUCCCAGUUGGGAGUGGGUGCUGGUGGAAGAAGGAGAGCACAAUCGGCAAGAUCGAGCAGACAACUCCCAAAUCGAACAAGUCCUGCCAUCACACAAAGAGAACUCCAUGCAAGGAGUCGACUAUCCCACAUUCGAGCAGAGUCAACUCCUUCAAUAGUCAGACCACAAAGAGCACCGCCAGCUGAUCGACAGAGACAUUUAUCUCCAUCACCACAAAGAAGGAGAAGAGCGGAUUCUGUUGAUUCGGGAAGUCUACGAUUGUCGAGAGAACAACUCCAUUCUGGAAAUCGGUGGCAGAUCGCUGGCGGAUCUUCCGAGAAUUUAUUGGAUCAAGUUGUUGGUGAUCGAGGCCGUCCGCCGACCACCCUUCGACGGGCUCCUCAGUACUAUUCAUCGUGCGAUGUAUGCGCAUAUAAAACGCUGAGGCCUGGGGAAUUUUGCCCAUUCUGUGCCCGUGGCGCUUACCCUCCACCUCAAGCUUCAAAACAAUACUACCAAAGACAACAACAAAGAAUGGAUUAUAGAGAUUACCCACCGCGACGAAUCAACUACAACAGAGCUCCCCCUCCCCCGCCACCUCCUGCAAUGUUCCAACCCGAUCCCUAUUAUCCACAAGUUCAAAUUUUGAGUGCCAGAUCAUUACAACGAUCAGCUCCAUAUUUGAAUGUUCGACCGCAUAUGAUGGAGAUGAAAGCACCGAGAAGGCCUUUGACGAGAUAUACAGAUCGCAAAGUCUAUCCCCCGGCAAUGUCAUGGAAAUAUCGUCCUCCUGUUUGGGAUCAACCUGUGAACGCAUGGCAUCAUGAACCGCAGCUGCCGCCAAGGAGGAUAAGGAGUCCAGUGUUUCGAUAUGGACGAUCACUACCGGAGGAAUUGUAUGAUUAUGAUGUGCAUGCAAGGGAAAGCGAAAGGAGAUUACGACAGAGAAAAGCUCUCGCUUUGGCCGUUGCCCUUCUCGCUUUUGCUUUGGUCGUUUCGGCGGGAGUUGUCCUCGCUGCAAUCCAUUAU